AUGGUCAACAUGAUGCUCUGGACAGCUCUGUCCUUCUCUGCCGCCGUCGCACACGGCGCCAUCAUUCCCCGACAAGGAUCGGGCGACAUCAACUUGGCUGCACUUAUCCGUAACGCGCCCCAAGUUCAACGUCAUCAGAAGAGCAUCCAGGGGGCCCUGAACAAGGGUCUUCCUUACUCAGAGGGCCUACUAGAAGCCUCCAAGAGUCUUGUCAAGCUGGAUGGCUUGAAGGAAGAAGAGCGCAAGUGCUUGUAUUUGCGCAACACUGUCAAACAAGAUGGGUUCCAAUCUUAUAUGGAUAUCAACCCCCACUCUGAUGCUCCUGAUGUGGUCACCGGAGACAAGGAAAAGAAGAUUGAAAUCACUACAUCUACGGCAGUGGUUGACGUUGAGAGGCUUGGAUGGAACAAGGAAGUGGCGACGGAAAUUGGCGGCUCUGCCACGAUUGAAGCGUCAGCCGGAAUUGGCGUCUUCUCAGCCUCUCUCUCGGCGACCGUCUAUGGCAAUCAGCGCACUUCAGAAGGCCAAAACGGCGAAGCCUCCAAGCAGACUGAAUUCAGACAGGACGUCCGAAGGGAGGAAGUUUGCCCCCCGAACAGUAUCUGCCGAAUUGUGACCUGGACUUACACCAGGACCAUCAAGGGAAAGUGCUUCCUGAACCCUUAUUACGACGAGCAGUGCGCCACUGGUAACAAGAGGAAGGGAAAGUACAGUCUUGGCCUUUUCCCCACCUGCCAGCCCUUGCAAGGCGUUGCCACUCAGUUUUUCGACUUUGACUACGACAACUAUAAGUCUGCGUCUGGAUUUGGCCCCGAGAACCAGGGCCUGAAGAUGCACAAGCCGGAAAUUGUCAAGGCCAACAAGUACGACGAAGACUGCACCUUUACGUACGCGCUGCGGGACGAGAAUGGAACCCCCGUCAAGGCCACGGCAAACAUCAUUGAGACAGAGCCCGACUCCUCGGUGAAGAAGUCUGCCGUCACCAAGACGCCUAAAGCAGUGGGCUGGUUCGAAGACGAGGAUGGUGUGAGAUCCUGCGAGCUUGAGGAUGGGUGGUUCAUGCAGGCCAACAGCGCUUACUACAUUCCUACGGAAGCUGGCGGACAGGGCGUUUGGGAGUACCGCGACGACCUCCCCGAGCCCCAAGGUCUCAAGGACAAGUGCCCCCAGUACUCUUCGCUUACCAAGAGAGCCGUGGCCGGCAGCAAGAAGGGCCCACCUCCCAACCCCCUUUUCAAGGUUGUCAUUAUUGACGACGGCGUGCCGGAAUUCCUCAAGAAGCUGACCAAGACUAACAGCGACGGCUACGCGGCUAAUCUCAUCUUGAAUCGCCGUCUUGAGGUUGAAGAGCCAGGCUACAUCGUCAUCGAGGGUCCGGGCGAGCCUGAGCCAGAGCCCUCUGCCCAGCAGUGCUUGGCUGAGCUCAACAAAUAA